AUAUAUUAAAAUUUCUUUCAGUAACUUGAUUCAAUCUAACUUAAUCCAAUUUUGUUUUUUAAAAUAUUUUUAUAUUUAUAUUUGAAAUAAGUGAUAAUUGAUUAAUGUAACGGCAUAUUCCUAUUAUUUGUCGCAAUUCUUUGUGAAUUUCGACAACAGUUUGCAUUAGAUUUAGUGUGUAUAUUUAAGGAACACGUGCACCUAACCUCAAACCAUUUCGUGACAUGUCUCAAGAUCGUGGCAAAUAGUCUGUUAGAGAUCAUUUUUAUACUCGGCAAACAUGCCUGCUCCAUGCGAAGAUAUUAUUGAGGACAUCGAGGAUUUAAUCACGUCGCAGGAUAUAACGCCUAAAGAGAGAUAUAGUUCGCGAAAACAUAUUACAAUACGGCCGAAGCGAAAAAAGCAAAUACAGGAGGAAGUGUCGCAACCGCCUAUUUUGACAAGCAUAAUACCCGGUACGCAGACGAUCUACGUGAAAACGUGGGGAUGUACGCACAACAGUUCGGACACCGAAUACAUGGCCGGUCAGCUGGCAGCGUACGGUUAUAAUUUAACUGACGAUAAGCUAAAAGCAGAUCUAUGGCUCCUGAAUUCAUGUACUGUCAAGAGUCCCGCUGAGGAUCAAUUUAGAAAUGAAAUCGAAUAUGGGAAGAAGAACGGCAAGCAUGUUGUCGUAGCUGGAUGUGUACCACAAGGUGCCCCAAAAUCUUCCUUUCUCCAAGGACUGAGUAUAAUUGGAGUUCAACAAAUCGAUCGAGUUGUGGAGGUUGUGGAGGAAACCUUGAAAGGAAAUACAGUGAGGUUUUUACAGCAGAAGAAAGACUCUGGAAAGAAGAUGGGUGGCGCUUCGCUGAGUCUUCCAAAAGUGCGACGGAAUCCUCUCAUUGAAAUUAUAGCCAUUAACACAGGUUGUUUAAAUCAAUGCACUUAUUGCAAAACGAAACAUGCACGAGGAAAUUUGGGUAGUUAUCCACCAGAGAAGAUAGUCGAGCGAGCCAAGCAGGCCUUUGAGGAAGGUGUAUGCGAAUUGUGGCUCACAUCAGAAGAUACAGGUGCUUAUGGCAGAGAUAUUGGUACCAGUCUGCCAGAACUGUUAUGGCAAUUAGUAGAUGUGAUCCCUGACGGUUGCAUGAUGCGUGUUGGUAUGACUAAUCCACCAUAUAUCUUGGAGCAUCUGGACGAAAUGGCUAAAAUUUUGCAACAUCCUAGAGUUUAUAGCUUCUUACACAUCCCAGUGCAGUCCGGCAGUGAUCAAGUGUUGGCUGACAUGAAACGGGAAUAUACACGUGCCGAUUUCGAGCAUGUAGUGAACUUCUUGAGCGAGCGGGUGCCUGGUUUAACUAUCGCCACGGAUAUCAUUUGCGGCUUUCCCACGGAAACGGAGGCAGAUUUCGAAGAGACGAUGACACUCUGUCAAAAGUACAAGUUUCCAAGUCUCUUUAUCAAUCAAUUUUUCUCCCGGCCAGGCACACCUGCUGCUAGGAUGCCGAAAGUACCUACACAGGAGGUGAAAACAAGGACCAAGAGGCUAUCGGAAUUCUUCCAGUCGUACGAACCGUACAGACACAAAGUAGGAAUAAUGCAAAAAGUGUUAGUAACGGAAGUAUCACAUGAUAAACAGCAUUACGUGAGUCAUAAUAAAUUCUACGAGCAGAUAUUGAUUCCCAUGAAGCAAGAGUAUAUGGGAAAGAUAAUUGACGUAAGAAUUAUAGAAGCAACAAAAUUCUCUAUGAAAGGAGAACCAAUCGGUAAAGAUGUAUUAGCACCAAAGCCUCUUGCGCGAGGAAUCAAAUCCAGAAUAUUAUUCGAGAUGAAGUUGUUGAAAUAUGCAUUAGCAACAAUUACGAUGAUUUUUUUAGCCGUGAUACUUAAAAUAUUAUGAAAAUUUCUGACAUAUAUAAUUUAUA